GUGAGCCGACAGUUUUUGGGUGAUGGAAAAAAGACAAUCGAAAGCAAAACAUCGCCCCGGUUCUUCACGAUGAACUGACGGCGCCAAGAAUGCCGACAUCUCGGGCCCCCGGCCCGGCCCCGAACGUAACCGACCCUCCCUGGGACUCGCAGUUGGACUUGGUCGGCCAGAGUCCGACGUGGACCAACAGCGUCCUGAAGAUGGCGCUCAUCUCCCUCAUCGUGUGCGUCUCCUUGUUCGGGAACGUGGUGGUCCUGCUGGUGUUCCAGCGCAAGCCCCAGCUGCUGCACGUGGCCAACCGCUUCGUCCUCAACCUUCUGCUGGCCGACCUCCUCCAGACCGUGUUGGUCAUGCCCUUCGCCAUCGCAGCCACCGUGCCCGGGGUGUGGCCCCUGGACGCCCGGCUGUGCCAAGCCUUGGUGGUGCUCAUGCAUCUCUUUGCGUUUGCCGGCGUCAACACAAUCAUGGUGGUUUCUGUGGACCGCUACCUGGCCAUCAUCCACCCUCUGUCCUACCCCACCCGCAUGACCCCUCACCUGGGCACCAACUUGAUCGCCUGCACCUGGCUGCUCAGCUUGCUGCAGAGCACGCCCCCGCUGUACGGCUGGGGCGCCAUCGACUUCAACCGGCACCACCAGAUGUGCUCGGUGGUGUGGUCCUACAGCUUGUCCUACUCCGUGGUGGUGGCCACCUUCUCCUUUUGGCUGCCGGUUCUGGUCAUGCUGGGCUGCUACUGGAUGGUGUUCCGAGCCGCCCGGCGGCAGAACGCGUUGGUCCACCCCAUACGGACGCGGUCCUACUCCCAGCCGUGCCCACAGGACUUCCAGGGACCCCAACCGCAGCAGGCCAGCUCUCCGGACAAGCCCUACUCGGCCGCUCGGGUGAGGCACCGCCGCUUCCGCUACCACUGCAAGGCGGCACGCGUGGUCUUCGUGAUCAUGGCCUCCUACAUCCUCAGCAUGGGGCCCUAUAGCGUCCUGAACACCAUCUCCAUGAGCGCCAGAGCCGACGUGCCCCCGUGGUUGUCCUCCCUGGCCCUGGUGCUCUUCUUCCUGCAGUGCUGCCUGCACCCCUACAUCUACGGGUACAUGCACCGCAGCGUGAGGAAGGAGUUCCUGGCCUUCCUCUGCGGGGUGCUCUGCCAGCAGGGGCGCCCCGGCCAGAGCUCGGCCGCCGAGACUUGCCUCACCGUCGCGGGCGGGGAAGGCCGCCGCUCCGGGGCGCCGGCCCACCGGCCCGCCAGGGUCUUCCCGCUGCAGACCUGGGAGGAGUGCACCACCUCCUCGUCCCCCACGUUCGAGAGGAGGUCCAGGGACAGUCGCAAGGACACCACCUCCACCAGCGUCAGCUCCGACAGGGAGCUCACGGUCCACGGGAAGCUGAGUACGUAGAACUCCUUGGAACAUUUAUGGUGUUGCUCGAAAGUACCUUUAAAAGUCCAAGGGAUGGGCUUGGGAACCUUUACCUUGGAGUCCCUAAUGUUGUUCAGGAGUCUAGACCUGCGUUUCUUCACCGUUGUUGUUGUAAUACCCGCGUUCACCACUUGUGGAACUCAUGACAAUCUCAACAAGCAAAAAGAAGCGCUUAAAAUGUCUUUUAAGCGUAGAAAUGAUGACCAAAGUGGGGAAUCUGUUUAUUUCACAAACAUAUUGGCAGAUCAAGACUAAGAUGACUCAUUUAGUGUUCAAGUUUGAGGGGAAAAAGUUGAAAAAGGUAAAGAACCCCCGGUCUAGACUGUACUCCUACGUCUAAAAGUGUGGACUCUGCGGGUGCGGUCCUUUGAUCGCAGUCAUGGGACUGACCCGGUGAACUCUGGUGCGGUUCUACAAGGACCGGACACGGAGGUUCUGUCUUCAAAGUGUUUUUAGAGGCCGCUGGUGCCAUCCAAGGUCCAGAAUGUACAAAACCUGUUCCAAGAUCUGCCUGGUCAAGUCCUUGGAUCGUCUUUAUCACGCAACUUUUGGUCCCAGGACCAAACAGCCAAGCGAACCGCACCAAAGUAUGUUUACUUUUUGUACUUUACAGCAGUUCCUCAACUGUCAGCCUGGGGCAGAGCUCUUAACUCAAAACACUUGCAUCUCAAAUCAAUGUCUCUCCGUGAAAUGGAUUGAAAUCAAUUUAAUUGGUGCCCCCCCCCCCCCAAAAAAAAAACACAAAACCUUUUUAGAAGAAAAUAGUUAAUUUUUAUUUAUUUGGGGCGGCAUAGCUCGGUUGGUAGAGCGGCCCUGCCAGCAACUUGAGGGUUCCAGGUUCGAUUCCCCGCUUCCGCCAUCCUAGUCACUGCUGUUGUGUCCUUGGGCAAGACACUUUAGUCACCUGUUCCCAGUGCCAUUAAAUGGAACUUAGAUAUUGGCUUUCUUUACGUAAAAGCGCUUUGAGUCACUAUAGAAAAACGCUAUAUAAAUAUAAUUGACUUCACUUGACAUUUAAGAACUGACGUGCAACAUUGACCUUGGACAGAGGACUUGUAAGGCAUCUCCUUCAAGCACAACAUUUAGCAGCUUCUUCAUAUUUUCAUGGAUAAAUGUCCGCCCUGAAGUUAUUAUUUCAACGUACUUGGCUGUCUUUAAUUGGCUCAGACUAAUCCACUUCUUCCGGUCUUUUCCAUCUCGACCUUCCAGUGGUUGCUAAAACCAGGUGGUGUCCAUCUUAAGCUGUAAGACCAUGUUAGCAAGUAAGACCAAAUAUUUCUGCUGCUACACAACUUUUUGUGUUUGCAACUCAAAGCAAAACUCUCCAGUCCCUUAACUCUCAAGUUGAGCUGCUGCUGUAUUGUAUUGUGUUGCCUUUACAAUACGUCCACAUAAGUGGUGUUGGACUCUUUAAGGAGGUCUAGGAUCCUAGUCACCAGCCUAGACUUUGUGUGUCCAUAGUGUGACUGUGUGUACACUUUGUGUGUCCAUAGUGUGAGUGUGUUUAGACUACAGUCGGUUGGGUGAGCAACUGAAUAAUUCCCUUAAUUGUUUAGUCAGAUGAGUUGUGAAAUAAGUUGGGUUCUAUUCUUGUUGCCUCUCAACUCUCUCUCUUAUUUUGUCUUUUUUUCAAAGCCUGAUGUGACUUUGGGCCCCCGACCCUCAGUUUCAACAACCCUGCUUUGCCACUCUUCAACAUUUAAAGCAUCUCUCUGUCAGCUUUCCCCUCAAAACAGCAGAUUGUAGCUCAUAAACACAAAAGCAGUGAAGUUGUCACCUUGUGUAAAUGCUAAAUAAAAACAAAUCCUUUUCAACUUAUAUUCAAUUAAAUAGACUGCAAAGACAAGAUAUUUUCAUCUUCACGCUGACAAACUUUGGUAUGUUUUGCAAAUAAUCAUGAAGUUAGAAUGUAAUGGCAGCAACACAUGUCAAAAAAGGAAUUUUUACCAGUGUGUUACAUGGCCUUUCCUUUGAACAACACUCAGUGCAGGUUUGGGAACUGAGGAGACACAUGUUUGAAGUGGAAUUAUUUCCCAUUCUUGCUUGAUGUACAACUUAAGUUGUUCAACAGUCUCCUGCCUCAUAUUUUAGCCUGCACAUAUGUUCAAUGUCUGGACUACAGGCAGGCCAGUCUAGUACCAGCAAUCUUUUACUAUGAAGCCACGCUGUUGUAACACCUGGCUUGGCAUUGUCUUGCUGAAAUAAGCAAGACAAUGCCAAAAUAAGCUCCAUCAGGUUGGAUGGGAAGUGUUGCUUUUCAUCCAGGAUGUCUCUGUACAUUGCUGCAUUCAUCUUAGUCUAGUCAGGGGGUGACCAAGACCAAGGUCACUCUGUCAGAACGACAGCAUUCCUCUGUGGAGAGGAGAACCUUCCAGAAGGACAAUCCACCAAUCAGGCCUGGAGUCAAAAGUUUGCCAAAAUGCACCUGAAAGACUCUCAGUCCGUGAGAAACUAAAUCCUCUGGCCUGAUUAGACAAAGAUUGAAGUCUUUGGCGUGAAUGUUUGGAAGAAAGCAGGACCAGGACAAUACCAUCCCUACAGUGAAACAUGGUGGUGGCAGCAUCAUGAUGUGGGGAUGCUUUUUAGCUGCAGGAACUAGUCAGGAUAGAGGGAAAUAUGAAUGCAACAAUGUACAGAUACAUCCUGGAUGAAAACCAACACUUCUCAUCCAAACUGGUGGAGCUUGAGAGGUGCUGCAAAGAGGAAUGAGAGAAAGUGCCCAAAGAAAGAUGUGCCAAGUUUGUGGCACCGUAUUGAAAAAGACCUGAGGCUGGAACUGCUGUCAACUAAGUACUUAGCAAAGGAUGUCAAUACUAAAGUAAAUGUGAUUUAGUAUUUACAUUUUUGAUGCAUUUGCAAAAUAAAAAAAAAUAAAAUUCACAUUGUCAUAAUGCGGUAUUGAUUGUAGAAUUUUGGGGACAAAAAUGAAUGUCUUCUAUUUUGGAAUAAGGCUGUAAAAUCAAAUGUAAAAACUGUGCGGAUGCACUUAGUCCAAGAUCCCUACUGAUUUUGAGUAAUUUCCUGUUGUCAAACCUUCGCUAUUUUAGGGAAGAAAAAACCUGUUCAGACGUGAUAAGACAAAUGUGCUGAUCUCUACUUUAUUCUUCUAGACUUUUCCAUUGUAAAGUGUUGCCAAACGUUUUGUUAAAAGUUGACUUUAAUGUAUUUUGUAUAUCAUUUCUUGUGCACCACCAAAAAAUGUGUUGAAGAAAAGUGAGUGAUGUUGAUGGUUAAUUGUUGCCUGUACUUUUAUACAUAAAAGAUGCAGAUUGUAAAAAAAAAGAUA